AAAUACGUCAAUUUAAAAGCAUUUAAAAGUCUUACUGCCUUUGCAGGAUUGCACAUAUUUUACAAGAAAAGAGAUUCUCAGGCUUUUCUCUCGCUAUCGGGACUUGGCACCUCAGCUUGUUCCUCUUGACUACACACACCAGCCAGAUGUGAAGUUACCAUAUGAGUUGAUUGGCAGCAUGCCAGAGCUGAAGGAUAACCCGUUCCGCCAGAGGAUCGCCGAAGUGUUCUCGGAGGACGGAGAGGGGAACAUGACCCUGGACGACUUCCUGGACAUGUUCUCCGUCCUGAGCGAGAUGGCCCCGCGCGACCUCAAGGCCUACUACGCCUUCAAAAUCUACGAUUUCAACAACGACGACUUCAUCUGCAAGCUGGACCUGGUGAAGACCCUGAACAAGCUGACGCGCAACGAGCUGACAGAGGACGAGGUGAGGAUGGUGUGUGAGAAGGUGAUGGACGAGGCCGACAUGGACAACGACGGCCGCCUCUCGCUGGAGGACUUCCAGCACGUCAUCGUCCGAGCACCCGAGUUCCUCAGCACCUUCCACAUAAGAAUAUGAAGACCAGGACCGUAUGCGGCUCACAGAACAAAGCACACUGCAAGAAACAAAUCAGUCGUUUCACUUCUU